AUAGUGCAAAACACAGAACCCACGCAAGCGCUACGUACGUACUGGCGUGGCAGGCCAAGCACGCGUUGUUGCCUGGCACCGACCGAGGUGCAGCCGUGUCUAGCAGUCGAAGCCGUCGCAUUCCCGACCGGCUCUUGCUUUGCUUAUGUGUACCUAGGAGGGCCCACUUGACCAAAGCUCAAUCGCGUUCCCACGGCCGGGCGGCCCAAUAUGCACGCCCUACGUCUUUCGUCGGAAGCGGGGACGGCGCUAGCUGGAGGAGCCGGCACUUGGCGCUAUCGCGGACAUGCACGUAAAGUGCCGGGCCACACGACCUGCGCGGUCGGAGCCAGUGUCACGCGAGCAUCACCUACGCUCAAGCAUGAGUCCUACUCUGACGUCCUGGUGAUUCCGCCAAACGGCAGCUCAAUGUAUAGCCUCAUCAACAGCCCAGCGCCGACUGUCGUGGUCCCUGUGGCGUCGUCCCCGGCGUCCGAGCCAUCGCCCGGCAACGCGCCGGACUUGGGCCAGGACUUCAGCAGCUGCUACUCGCCCGCAACGGUGUCUGCCAUGGCCCGGCUGCUGGGUUGCGGCGCCAACGGCGACUGCGAGGCGCUGGAGGCGUUCGCGCUGGGUGCCGGAGCGCGGGCCCGAGGCGGCGGCGGCGGCGGCAGUGGCAGCGGCCUGAGCAGCACGCAGGAGCUGCGCGCACGCCUGCAGGCCGGUGCCAGCACUCCGCUGGACGAGGCCUCUGCCGCGCUGGCGCUGCUGACGGAGGCCGGCGCCUUCCGCGACGUCCUGGAGCACGGCCUGCCGCUGCUGCGCGCCGCCGCCAGCAGCAGCAGCAGCGGCAGUAGCAGUAGCAGCGGUGGUGGUGGCGCCCCUGCAGCCGUGGUCCCGCACCUGUCUGACCUGGUGUCAGACCUGGCGCUGUCGGUGGCGCUGGCGCACAUCAGCCUGGCGGCGGGCGAGGGCGGCAGUAGCAGCAGCAGCAGCGGCAGUAGCAACAGCACGUCCAGCGGCAAGACCGGCAGCAGCAGCAAGGACAAGGGCAAGGGCAAGGGCGCGGCGGCUGAGCUGCUGGCGGCGGGCGGCAGCACCGAGGCAGCGGCGGCGGCGGGCGGGCUGGAGGAUUCGUACGGGCAUCUGGAGGCGGCGCUUGCCGUACUGGCGGCGCACGGCGGCGCCGGCGCCGGCGCGGCGGCGCUACGGCAGGAGGUGGCGUUCUGCCUCCAGGGCGUGGCUGUAGCAUUCGCGGAGCAGGUCCUCCGCAGCACGCCGCCCGUGGCUGUAGCCGUGGCUGCCGCCCCGGCGGCGGCGGCGGACUCGGCUGUAGCUGCGGAGGCUGACGGCGAGGCCGGCGGCAAGGCGGCGGCGGGCGCCAAGGCGCCGUCGCCGGCGGCCACCGCCGCCGCGGCGGCGGCGCUGCGCGCCCGCGCGCUGACGCUGCUGCGCGGAGCGCUGUGGCGCGGCCCCGCGCCUGCGGCUGGCACCAGCAACGGUAACGGAAACAACCACAACCACAACAGCAGCGCUUCUGUCGUGGCCGGCAGCUACGCUGCUGCUGCCGCCGGCGGCAGCGCCGCCGCCGCCGCCGCCACGCUGUCGGGCUGUUGGCCGCCGGACCUGACGCCGGAGGAGCGCUGCGAGCUGAUGGCACCGCUGAGGGGGCUGCUGAGCGCGGCGGAGCACAUUGCUCUGUACGGACCUAUCGCCAGCAGCAACCCCAAGAAGCAGCAGCCCGCACCUGCCGCCGGCUCCGCCGCCUCCGCCUCAUCCAUGGAUCUCAUCCCCGCGCCCAGUGCUACAGCCGCCCAGGCCGGCAGUAGCAGCAGCAGCAGCAGCAGCUGCGGCUGCGGCUGCGGUCUGUCUGACGUGGAGUUGUACGACCUGGCCAUUGCGCAUCUGGCGCAGGGCGUCACCACGUGCUGGCCGCAGCACGUGCUGCAGGCGCUGACCUACUUCGAAAAGGUGGCGGCGGCGCAGCAGCUACAGCCCGGCGGCGCGGCGGCUACAGCCGCCGCCUACGCCGCCGCCAUGGCCGCCGCCCGCGCCACCGACGGCGACGGCAGUAGCGCCUCCAGCACCGCCGCCGCCGACGUGACCUUUGAGCGGUCCGUGUGCGAGGCGCUGCUUGGUCGCCGCAACACGGCCGUCGGCGCCGCCGCCUCUGCUACAGCCGACGACGCCGCGCCCGCUACAGCCGCCGCCGCCGCCGCCGUUUCAGCUACAGCCGGCCGCGCCGCCGGCUCCCCACUGGGCUCGUACGACGACGGCGCCUCGUCGUACCUGCCGUACUACGGCGACGACGAGGAGGCGGCGCUGCUGCGGCGGCUGGAGGCGAUGAUGUCGUCGUACAACUCCGCCGCCGUGGCGGCGGGCGCGCCGGCGUCGCGCGGCGGCGCCGCCGCCGCCGACGGCGUUAUGUUCUCUGUGGACGAGCGGCGCAGCAGCACCGGCGGCGACUUCAGCGAUGACGAGGACGCCGUUGUGGUUACGAAUGCAGGUGGCGGCGCCGCCAAGGGCGCGGGUUUCAAGGCGGCCAUUGCACAGAUGGCGGCUGCGUCGGGCGCGACGGCGACGGCCGCCGCCAAGAGCGCCAAGCGCUCGGGCUCGCCUGGCGCCGGCGGCAGCAGCAGCAACAGCGGCGGCGGCAGUAGCAACGACGUGAACCGGCGCUACGGCUGGGUCCAGGACUGGCUACAGCUGUCGGUGCUACCGUGCUUCCCCGACACUGCUGCUACAGCCGCCGCCGGCGGCGUGACCAUGUCCCGUUGGUUCAGUGACCCCCGGGUCAUCCUGUUCAACAAGGUCAUCGCCGUGCGUGGCACCGGCAGUAGCAGCAGCGGCGCCGAUGGCGGCUCGGUGGCGGCGGCGCUGGGCAGCGCCGUUGCGCACGUGUCGGACGCCAGCCGCCAGCGGCUGUGGCAGCUGUGGCAGGCCGCGGCACACGCCGUGUCAUCGGCGGCGGGCGCUGCCGGCGGCGCCGUUCAGCAGCAGCAGCCGGCUGCCACGGGCGCCGCCGCCGCCGCCGGCGCGACGGCGCCGCCGGCCGUGGCUGCUGCUGCCGCUGCGGCUGGCGGCGCCGGCGGCGGCUCUGCUGCUUCUCCGCAGCUGCCUGCGGGCCUGUGGGCGCAGAGCCGUGCGGCGCUGUCGGACGUCGGCCCGCGUGCCGCCGCCGUGGGCAGCGCCGCCGCCAACGCCGUCGUGGCCGCCGCCGCAGCAGUCGGCAGCGCCGCCGCCAGCUCCCCCCGCGCAGUCGCCGCCGCCGCCAGCCGCAUUGUGCCGCUGGGCUUCUUUGGCGGCGGCAGCCGCGCCGGCGGCGGCGCCGCCAACAGCGCGGCGGCCGUGAUGGGCUCCGGCUCGGGCCCCCUGCCGGCCGCCACGGCGGCGGCGCUGCCGCCCAAGGCCGCCGCCGCCGGCGCGCCCACCGCCGCCGAUGGCGUGGCUCCCGCCGCCGCCCCCGCCGCGGCCCCUGCAAUUAGCAUUUCUGCCGACGCUCCCGCGGCGAGCAACGUCGUGCCCUUCUCCGUGGCGGCCGACGCCGCGCCCGCCGCGGCCCCCGAGCCGCAGCCAGCGGCGGCGCCGCCGCCGCCGCCCCCGCCGCACAUGCACCCGCGCGAGGCGGCGGCGGCGGUGGUCGCCAAGGCCAGUGAGGCCGCCAGCGCCGCCGCCGCCGGCGCCGCCGCGGCCGCUGCCAGCGUCAGCAAGGCCGUGGUGGAUGUGGAGCACGCCAUCGAGGCGGCGGUGGAGCCGCAGCUGGAGAAGAUGAGCGAGUGGGCGGCGUGUGUGGCGGCGGCGGCGGACGAGCUGCAGCGGCGCGAGGCCGUACGCCGCGUGGCGGCGGUGGCAGCGCAGGCCGCCUGCAUGGGCCUGCUGGCGGCGGCGGUGGGACACCGCAUCGCCGUUGACGGCGCCCUGCGGGGCGGCGGCCCGCUGCCGCCGUGGAUGGGCGGCGGCGGCGGCGGAGCCGCCCAGGCCGCGGCGCCUGCCGGCGUGACGGCGGCGGGCAUGCACCAACUGGCGGCGGCCGCCAGCGCCUCGCCGACGCUGGACGAGGCGGCGGCGGCGGCGCUCCUGCGCGGCUGGGCGGCGGCGCGCGCCGCCGCGCCGGGCCUGCCGGCCGCCGCCGAGCGCGCGGCGCUGCUGGCGGAGCUGUCCAGCGGCCGGGCGCUGGCGGCGGCGCGCGGCGCUGCGGAGCGCGAGGCGCGCCUCGGCCGCCGCGUGGACCCGGCCUCGCUCCACGUGGUGGUGGAGGUGGAGGGCCUCAGCCGCCCGGCGCGGGCGGAGGAGGUGGUGGUGACGGCGACGCUGACGACGGAGGGGCUGGCGGCGGAUCGCGGCGCUCCCACGCCGGCGCGGUUCCGUGGCGAGGAGCGCGUCACCGCCACCUUCCGCCGCGACCGCCUGGAGCAGGGCAAGGGCAAGGGCGGCGGCGGCGGCGGCGUGUGGCGGCUGGUGGAGGUGCGGCAGGCGCCGGCAGGCAGCGAGUACCUGCUGUGAGCUGCGAGCUACGGGCAACACUCCUGUGUGUGAGGCUCAUGAUACAGCCGCGCGGGAGAGAAAAGCAUCGG